UCCGGCCCGGGCUCCCUGUGCCGCCGCCACCUCCUUCGCUUCAUUCUGGGCCCCGCUUCUGCCAUAAAAUGUUUGACGGCUGCCUCCUGCCUCUCGUGUUUCCUUGCCUGCUGUUUUGGGGACUGGACGCCGGCACAGCUGGCGGAGCGGAGCUGGAAGUGGUGAUCCCGGAGCGAGUGGCGCUGGAGAAGAUCCACCUGCUGCCGCCCGCCCUGCGAGGGGAUCGCGGCGGCCCCCGGCGCCGUCGGGCGCUGCCGCGGCAGCGGGCUGUGACAGAGGCCCUGCUGCUCCGCCUGCCCGCCGCCGGCGCCGAGCUCUACCUGCACCUCCGCCGCGACCUGCGUUUCCUCGCCCGGGGCUUCGUGGUGGAGCAGCGGCACGGGGAGGGACAGCGGGCGCCCGGCCCCCGGCGGCCUCCAGAGGAGCGGCUCUGCUUCUACACGGGACGCGUCCUGAACCGAACCGACUCCUUCGCCUCUCUCAGCACCUGCGCCGGGCUGGUUGGCUAUAUCCAGAUUGGAUCAGAGCACAUGCUAAUACAACCAGUGAAUACAUCAGAGACCUCAUUUAGUGGAAAGGAACACUUCAUCAGGCGUAGAAGAUCCACAAAAUCAAGCCAGCCCGUGAAGCCACACCUGCCUGAUGAGCACUGCAAGGUUGUAGCAGAAAAGAAGAGACAAAAGAAAAUGAAAUCAACCAGUGACUGGAGGGAGAGAAGAAAUGCCAUCCGACUUACCAAUGAGUACACAGUAGAAACUUUGGUGGUGGCAGAUGCUGAUAUGGUCCAAUACCAUGGUGCUGAGGCUGCCCAAAGAUUCAUCCUCACAGUUAUGAACAUGGUGUACAACAUGUUUCAGCACCAAAGUCUGGGAAUUAAAGUCAGCAUUCGAGUGACCAAACUAGUCCUGCUCCGCAGCCGUCCCGCGAAGUUGUCUAUUGGGCACCAUGGAGAGAGGUCUCUGGAGAGCUUUUGUCAAUGGCAAAAUGAAGAAUAUGGUGGGGCAAAAUACCUUGGUAACAACCAGGUUCCUGGCGCAAGGGAUGACACCCCUCCUGUGGACGCUGCUGUUUUUGUGACCAGGACAGAUUUCUGCGUACACAAAGAUGAGCCUUGUGACACUGUGGGAAUUGCUUACCUGGGAGGUGUCUGCAGUGCCAAGAGGAAGUGUGUUCUUGCUGAAGACAACGGUCUCAAUCUGGCAUUUACAAUUGCACAUGAACUUGGGCACAACAUGGGAAUGAGCCAUGAUGAUGAUCAUCAGCCCUGUGCAGGGAGGUCUCACAUUAUGUCUGGAGAAUGGGUGAAGGGCAGGAACCCAAGUGACCUUUCCUGGUCUUCAUGCAGCCGCGAUGACCUUGAGAACUUCCUAAAGUCCAAGGUCAGCACCUGUUUGCUGGUAACAGACCCCCGGAGCCGCUACGCGGUGCGGCUCCCUCACAAGCUGCCUGGAAUGCACUACAGUGCUGAUGAACAGUGCCAGAUACUGUUUGGGACCAAUGCUACAUUCUGUAAGAACAUGGAGCACUUGAUGUGUGCUGGGCUCUGGUGCCUGGUGGAAGGAGACACGUCCUGUAAAACCAAGCUGGACCCUCCUCUGGAUGGCACUGAGUGUGGUGCAGACAAGUGGUGCAGAGCUGGGGAGUGUGUCAGUAAAACUCCCAUCCCUGAGCAUGUGGAUGGGGACUGGAGCAUGUGGAGCCAGUGGAGCAUGUGCAGCCGGACCUGCGGCACGGGAGUGCGGUUCCGACAGAGGAAAUGUGACAACCCCCCCCCAGGACCAGGUGGGAAGAACUGCCGGGGAGCCAGCGUGGAGCACACUGUGUGUGAGAACUUACCUUGCCCUAAAGGUGUGCCAAGCUUCAGGGACCAGCAGUGCCAGGCCCAUGACAGAUACACCAACAAGAAGAAAAGCCUCCUGACAGCUGUCAUCAUUGAUGAUAAGCCAUGUGAGCUCUUCUGCUCUCCCUUGGGGAAGGAUUCUCCUGUGCUGGUGACAGACAGAGUCCUUGAUGGUACUCCAUGUGGGCCUUACGAGAGUGACCUCUGUGUACAUGGCAAGUGCCAGAAAAUUGGCUGCGAUGGAAUCAUUGGCUCAGCUGCCAAAGAGGAUCGCUGUGGGAUCUGCAGUGGUGAUGGCAAAACCUGUAAAGUGGUGAAAGGAGACUUCAACCACACCAAGGGGAUGGGUUACAUUGAAGCAGCUGUGAUCCCUGCAGGUGCCCGGCGGAUCAGAGUGGUUGAGGAUAAACCUGCUCACAGUUUUCUGGCUUUAAAAGAUUCCAGUAAGAGAUCCAUUAACAGCGACUGGAAAAUUGAGCUUCCUGGUGAGUUUCAGAUCGCAGGCACUACUGUCCGGUACGUGCGAAGGGGGCUGUGGGAGAAAAUCUCUGCCAAAGGACCAACUAAAAUACCACUGCACUUGAUGGUGCUGUUAUUUCAUGACCAGAAUUAUGGAAUUCAUUACGAAUACACCAUUCCUGUAAACUAUACUGCUGAAAACAGAAGUGAGCCAGAAAAGCAACAGGAUUCUUUGUACAUCUGGACACACAGUGGAUGGGAAGGAUGCAGUGUGCAGUGUGGAGGAGGUGAAAGGAAAACCAUUGUGUCCUGUACUCGAAUUAUUAACAAGACCAUGACCCUGGUGAAUGACAGUGACUGCCAACGAGUGAAUCGCCCCGAGCCCCAGGUCAGGAAAUGUAACACACACCCCUGCCAGUCACGGUGGGUGACUGGCCAUUGGAGUCCCUGCUCUGCUACUUGUGAGAAAGGAGUCCAGCACCGGGAAGUGACUUGUGUUUAUCAGCUGCAGAAUGGCACCUAUGUGAACACAAGAGACCUUUACUGCCUUGGCAACAAACCCACUGCUGUACAGAGCUGUGAAGGACGGGACUGCCUUUCUAUCUGGGAAGCUUCAGAGUGGUCAAAGUGCUCAGCAGACUGUGGCAAGGGGAUCCAGAAGAGAACAGUGACAUGCACAAAUUCUCAAGGAAAAUGUGAUGCAGCCACCAGGCCAAGAGAUGAGGAAGAGUGUGAGGAUCACACAGGCUGUUACGAGUGGAAAACAGGAGAUUGGUCGAAGUGCUCCUCAACCUGUGGGAAAGGCCUCCAGUCACGUGUGGUCCAAUGUAUGCACAAAGUCACCGGGCGGCACGGCAGUGAAUGCCCUGUCCUCUCCAAGCCAGCAGCCUACAGGCAGUGCCACCAAGAGGUCUGCAAUGAGAAGAUAAAUGUCAACACAAUUACCUCGCCCAGACUUGCUGCUCUCACCUACAAGUGCACAGGAGACCAGUGGACAGUGUACUGCAGGGUGAUCCGGGAGAAGAAUCUGUGCCAAGACAUGCGGUGGUAUCAGCGCUGCUGCCAGACCUGCAGAGACUUUUAUGCAAACAAGAUGCAGCAGAAGAGUUAAUGAAUCUGUGCUACUUCUUAGAGUGUUACAGCUAUUUGUAUGUAAAUCCUGGACUAGUAGGUCUGAGUACUGGAACUUCAUGAGUUGCUACAAUGUGGUGGAUUCCAAAGCAUACCUAGUAAGACUUGAAACUAAUUCUACAGACUGGAUACCAAAGUAAUCCACUCAUCCACCUUAAAAAAAAAAAAACAAGCAAACAAACAGAAAGAGUCAUCUCAAGGACCCAAUCAUUUUAUCAUACUUUGACAUCCUUACAUUUUUCAUUAGUGCUUUUUACUUUAAUAUAUUAAAUCACCAGCCACUGGAUGGCUUGCUACCAUUAAAGAAAAGGACAAGAGUUGCAAAGUUAUUACAUUGAGUAAGGUUAUGAGUACCUCCAUGGAGUAAG